AUAUCUAGCAAUGAACCUUCGACGCGUUGUUCCUACCACUCGGUCUCAGCUGCGGCUAAGUAUUGGGAAUCAAGGGGUUCAUCAAUGGGUCUGCAGAUCUUGCAGGGCCAAGACUCCCUCCCAGGCGCACUUUUCUACUUCUCGACGCUCACUUGAGAAGCCGUAUUAUGUUACAACACCAAUUUUCUAUGUCAAUGCUGCUCCUCAUGUUGGCCACCUCUAUACGAUGGUCCUCUCGGACAUCCUUAAACGAUGGCAAGUUUUGCACGGAAAGCAGGCCAUAUUGUGUACAGGGACCGACGAGCAUGGGAUGAAAAUCCAGAGGGCAGCCGCACAAGCUCACACACCCCCGAAAGAAUUCUGCGAUCUGACAGCCGAAACUUUCAAGUCCUUAGCAAAACGAGCAGGACUAUCUAAUGACCAUUUCGUUAGGACGACGGAUCCCGACCACCGAGAGGCAGUCCAAUACUUCUGGCAGAUGCUGAAAGAACGGGAAUACAUAUACGAGUCAAAACAUGAAGGAUGGUACUGUGUCAGUGAUGAGACAUACUACCCAGAAUCGACCAUAGAGAAGAGAUUAGAUCCUUUUACUGGUCGGACAUUUAUGGCAUCACAAGAGACCGGGAAGGAGGUAGAAUGGACGUCUGAGAGGAAUUAUCACUUCAGGCUCUCUGCUUUCAAGGAUCGUCUUCUCGAUUUCUAUAAGUCAAAUCCGGAAUUUGUCGUUCCGGCAGCUCGCAUGAGUGAUGUUGUGAAGUGGGUGUCGGACGGCCUAGAAGACCUCUCAGUGUCUAGACCAGUUGAAAGAUUGACUUGGGGGAUUCCUGUACCAGACGACGAAAGCCAGACUAUUUAUGUCUGGCUGGAUGCUUUGGUGAACUACAUCACGAAAGCUGGAUAUCCCUGGGCUCCUGGAAAGGAGAGCGCUCUCGGUUGGCCGGCAGAUGUCCAAGUGGUUGGGAAAGAUAUUGUUCGAUUCCAUUGCAUUUAUUGGCCGGCAUUCCUUCUCGCCCUAGAUUUGGAGCCCCCAAAACAAGUUCUCACCCAUGCGCAUUGGACACUCAAUCAUCAGAAGAUGGCUAAAUCCACUGGAAAUGUGGUCAACCCUUUUUUCGCAAUUGAUCGUUUUGGAGUAGAUGUAAUGAGGUACUACCUUGCCCUUGAGGGCGGUAUCAUAAACGAUUCGGAUUACGGGAACGAUUUUAUCGUCGAGAGGUACAAGAAAGGGCUUCAAGGGGGUCUAGGCAAUCUGGUCAGCAGGAUCACGCGACCAAAGAUCUGGAGUGUGCACGAGGCGGUUCAGUCUGCUCGGGGUGAAAGCGCUGCCAACUUCGACCAGAGCACUAGGAUGCAAGUCGAGAUGCUUGAGACCUUGGGCAAAAGUGCCAAUGCCAAAAUGGAAGAGUUGAAUCCGGGAGCUGCAUUGCAUGCUAUCAUGAAUGCGGUGUACGAGGUAAGUCGGCAAAGGACCUUUCCAAUAUCCUCAGCUAACAAGAGAAAAGACAAAUAAAUACCUCCAAUACCAGCAACCAUGGGCAAUCGCUAAAAGCAUAGGUAACGAUCAGAAAGAUGCAAAGCUGCGAGGCAAGAUCGAUUCCACGGUCUACCACUGCGCAGAAGCUAUCAGAAUUGUGGGGAUUUUGCUUCAGCCAUAUAUGCCUGGUAAAGCAUCUCAGCUUCUCGAUAUGCUAGGUGUACAUGAGUCAAGACGGACAUUCGCCGAUGCAACGCUUGGAGCCGAUGAUACAUAUGGGAAUGCAAAGGUCCCAGUGGGUAGAGAUGCUUGGGAUGGCCUGUUUCCGCCGUUACCUGUCGAGAAGUGAUAUCAGCGGCUUAGUAGGAAGUGAUAAUUAGCCAGGCAAGAUGGAAAUUCUCUCGUAAUUCACACAUGUAUACAAUUGUAAAGUAGCUAAGGUAUCUGCUAGGUAGACACCCAGACAUAGACACUACUCUUGAUUUUUCAUCGUUCGCUAAUGAUUCGUUUAAGACAUUGAUUCUCACAUGAGCAAAUAGAACAACAAUUCCAAGUAUUAGACUCAGCGGAAGCCGACAGCAGUGCUUGAAGGAUCUGAAGCCGAGCUACUUGUUUAGGCGAUUGGUCAAUUGUUGAUUCUUCUACGAGCUCUAAUGAAGCGCUGAACUUACACCACUCAUCGUCCUUUCGAAGCCGUGAGUUCGACAUCUUACUUUGGUUUGAAGAGAAGUCUCAAUAGGGCCAUAAAUGUCGGGCUUUGAUACAGAUUACAACAAGUUUCCGAAACUGGCAAUGUCAACAGAGAAACACGUCGCGGGUGAAACAAGCGAGCCCCUGCGGCUGUUCGGAGUUCCAUCUGUGAACCCUGUCCGAGCCAGCCUUGUCAGGACAGAUCGUCUGG